CGGUCUUCCGCGCGCAUGCGCAGUGGCGCGCGAAGCCGGAGCGGCAGCGGCGGGCCCUGGCGGGGGGGAAAUGGCGGCCGCGGUGCUGGCGGCGCCGGAGGGCGGCUCUGCCGUGAUGCCGGCGGGGAACGCGGCGGCUUGUUCUCCGCCACCUGGUCCUUCAGGCCCGGGUUCGUGGAGCCGCUCCUUAGACCGAGCCUUAGAAGAAGCGGCGGCCAGCGGUACCCUCAGUUUGAGCGGCAGGAAGCUUCGUGACUAUCCGCGGGCCAGCGCCGCCAACCACGACCUCAGCGACACCACCCAGGCCGAUUUGUCACGGAACAGACUGUCAGAACUUCCAGCAGAAGCAUGUCACUUUGUCUCCCUUGAGAGUCUUAAUUUGUACCAGAACUGCAUUCGAUAUAUCCCAGAGGCUGUUUUGAAUUUACAGUCUUUAACAUUUCUAAAUAUCAGUCGAAACCAGCUCUCAACAUUGCCCGUACACCUCUGUAGUCUACCGCUAAAGGUUUUGAUAGCAAGUAAUAAUAAGUUGGUUUCAAUACCUGAAGAAAUUGGACAGCUCAGGCAGCUGACAGAGCUUGAUGUGAGCUGUAAUGAAAUACAGGCAAUACCUCCACAGAUUGGCAAUCUGGAAUCCUUGCGGGACCUAAACGUCAGAAGAAAUAAUUUGGUGCAUUUACCUGAAGAGCUUGCUGAGUUGCCUUUGAUUCGAUUAGAUUUCUCCUGCAAUAAAAUAACAACAAUACCAGUUUGUUAUAGGAACCUCAGACAUCUGCAGACCAUCAUGUUAGAGAACAACCCUCUCCAGUCACCCCCUGCACAGAUAUGUAUAAAAGGAAAAAUUCACAUAUUUAAAUACCUGAACAUAGAAGCAUGCAAGAUAGCUCCAGAGUUGCCUGAUUAUGAUAGGAGACCCAUGGGAUUUGGAUCUUGCCAUGAGGAACUCUAUUCCGGCCGGCCAUAUGGAGCGCUUGAUUCUGGCUUCAAUAGUGUGGACAGCGGAGACAAAAGAUGGUCAGGGAAUGAACCAACAGAUGAGUUCUCAGAUCUCCCUUUACGUGUGGCAGAGAUCACUAAAGAACAGAGACUGCGAAGAGAAAGUCAGUAUCAAGAAAACCGAGGAAGCACAGUUGUAACUAAUGGUGGAGUGGAACAUGAUCUCGAUCAGAUCGACUAUAUUGACAGCUGUGCCACAGAAGAGGAAGAGGAAGAGGUGAGGCAACCCAAGUGCAUGGACUCAGACAGCCUCAGCUCACAGUUCAUGGCGUAUAUUGACCAGCGGCGAAUCUCUAAUGAGGGCUCACCCGUAAAGCCUGUAUCCAUCAGAGAAUUUCAGAGAACAGAGGAUACAAGACGAUAUUUACAUCAAAACAGGGAUACUGAUGAAUUACGAAGACCUGAAACUCUAAAUUUGAUGCAGGACAGAGAGCUUCACCAAGUGCUAAGGAGUUAUGUGGACAAGACAGAGAGACCCCCAGCUGAUUCACCAUACUUUCUAUCAAGUCACCACAGUCAGGUGUCCAAUACAGAUCCUGAGCUGCACCGCAGGCAUAUUGAGCGUACCCGUCGGGAGGCCCAGCUAGCAGCACUUCAGUAUGAGGAGGAGAGGAUGAGAACAAAACAGAUCCAGAGGGAAGCUGUCCUUGACUUUGUUAAGCAAAAAGCAUCCUUAAGUCCUCAGAAGCAAAGUCCUCUGGAUAGCGAGUGUCACUUUCCAUCCAGAAGGUCUCAGCAUACUGAUGAUAGUGCCUUGUUAGUGAGUGAUGACAGAUCUACCAUCUCCCCUGGCUCACCUACCACUCAGACAGUCCACCUUUCCCCUCCAUAUCCUGGCCAUGCAGCCCCGCCUUCCUAUAGAAACCCUUCCCAGCGACCUGAGAGUUUCCUUUUCCGAGCAGCUGUCAGGGAUGAAGCAAACAAAGUUGUUACUUCACCUUCUACCCGUGCCUUGUCUCCUGCUAAUGAUUCUGCAGACCCUAGAGUAAGACAAAAUUCCAAACAGCGAGAGGAGGAGCUGGAGCUAAUAGAGCAGCUACGUAAGAAUAUAGAAUCACGGUUGAAAGUGUCAUUGCCCAGUGAUCUUGGAGCAGCUCUCACCGAUGGUGUUGUUCUGUGUCAUUUAGCUAAUCAUGUGCGUCCUCGAUCUGUUCCCAGCAUUCAUGUCCCCUCACCUGCUGUUCCUAAACUUACAAUGGCAAAAUGCAGACGAAAUGUGGAGAAUUUCUUGGAAGCUUGCAGGAGGAUUGGAGUGCCUCAGGAGCAAUUAUGUUUGCCUCUACAUAUUUUAGAAGAGAAGGGUUUGACACAGGUAGCUGUGACUGUCCAGGCGCUCCUGGAGCUGGCACCCCCAAAGCAGCAGCAGCUUCACCACUUGUCUGCUGUGUAAAGACCUCCGGGACCUUUUGGGUUACCUUGGCUAAGCAGAAGGACAUGAAGACUUUACUGCCCAUGCAGUGCAUCCAAACACACAGAGAUCUGUUCUAAGGAAAUGAGUUUCCAUGAUUCCUGACAGGAAUGUUUUACUUCAUUUCUCCAUUUUUUUUGGAGAUCGCAACAGUUUCCAAUAGCAUUUUUAUUAUCAAUAUUUUUGCCCCUUUUUUAAGAAAAAAAAAAAAAAAGUUCAUUGGGAGGAGGGUGGGGAUGCGAGUGGCUGGCUGUUGGAGCCAGCUGUAGAAACUGACCGUGUAGACUGAAGACAUGGGUGUAGAGUUUGGGAAGCGAUUCCUAGAGGAAUUCAUUUAACAAAAAAAAAAAAUAAUGUUGCUGCAGUGGGUGCAUAGGGAAUGAAAUUUCUUUCCUUCCCUGCAGGUUUCAAAGAAAGGGAAUUUCUUUGCUUCUAAAGAACAACAGCUAUUUCUAUUAUAUAUAAGAAAAAUUGCAACACACAAUCUUAACCUGCAGUGUUUGAUAACAGGGUUGAACUUCAUAUGGCUGUAACUUGUUUUGGCAUGUCCUCAUUACUUAAAAUUUGAAGGAAAAAUAAGAUUACCCACCCACCCCACCCCCCCGGGUAAAAAAUACUGCAUGUUCUUUCUGCAAGAAACAUCUUAGUAAAAGAUACUAAAUCACAACUGUUCAAAUGCUAUCAAUCACACUAGCAUUCUUGCUGGGUUCACUUUCUGUUUGGGUUUUAACAGGUUUUUAUCUGAAAAUUUUUCCAACAUCAGUGGAUGGAGAUCCACCUCCUCUCCCCUCCCCUCCUGGUCACGCAGGGACGCCUUUGGUUACUCGCUGUUUUCCCAAACGAUGACUAGGUGUCAUGGAGAGCUGCGUAUGUAUUUUCACUGCAAUGUGGAGAACUGCAGCCUGCCAUGCUAAGUGUUAGAAACCUAUUAUCAAAUCGUAUAUUAGAUAGGGGCCAAAGCGUCCUGUGCGGAUAUGCCAACACUGGUGAGUGUCCCAGCCACUGAGAAAUUUAUCGUUUUAAGAGCACAGUUACCGAAAUUUCACAGGUGGGCUGCAUAUUGCCAAAGCAGCAAUCUGAUACAAAAAGGUAGCUUCUAUUUGUGGGUAUAACAAGGCUUUAAUAAAUAAAGCCUUUUGUCAUUGAAAUUUCUGUAGAGAUGCACUGGUUUUACAGAACUACCAUUACUUCCUUGCUCUUCCUUUAACAUAAAAAUGGAAAUUCAAUAUACAGGACUAGGAGCGGCAGCUGACAAGUUUUGCAUUUUCCUGGAAAUUUGACCUGCAAAACAAAGACUAGCUCUGUGUGCCCCGGUCGUGGUGAUGAGGCCAAGCUCACUACCAGAUCAGUUACAAUAAUUUUUUUUUUUUGCCCCAAAAAAGACCUUGCAAAAUGCAGUUCUCCACCCCUGCAGUUCCUUUGUUAGGUUUUGGCCAAUUUUAAUCAUCCCAGAAUGUUAUGCUACUAAUACAUGGUGCACGGGGUCUGAGAUCAACUUCUGGCACUGGAGGUAUUGCAUGUGGGGAUAUAUUUGAAGCAGAAUACACUGCGAGAAUUUCAUAGGAAUAAAGGGAUGGAGAAGAACAGGCUAGCUCAAAGUUAUUUUUGCUGAACUAAACCUGCCGUGGGAGCACUGGCCAGGACUGCUCUUAGCUGGAUUUUUCGCCUUCUGAUUUGCAGUUUUGUUUCGGCUCUUGUUUUGCUCCACGCAUUUCUUUCAAGGUCCGUUGCAGUGACUGUCAAAUCCUGUAUUUCAUGUAGUUAUUCCAGUUGCUUCUUACUGGCAUUGGCUGAUCACGUUGCAUGUGGAGAACAACACCUGAAGGGUAUUUAAAACUGCGCAGAUGAAAAAAGAAACCUUUUCAUACUGGGUACGCAUGUUGCCCUGAGCCCCGCAAGAAACAAAAAUGCCAAUAACUUGCAAUACACAUAAGAAGAGAGCAGCUCCAUGCGGAUGUACUUUUCUCCUUAAGUAUGUUGUCUUUUUCACUUAAUUUUACUUGCAAGGAGUGUUGGUAAUUCUUAAAGGGUCAUAUAGAAGUGUCUGUAGUUUCUGCUGUCGUUUGCUGAGCGGAAGAUUCUGCCACUCGCAGCCAGCACUACAGACCACGAGUGUUUCUUGUAUGUUUGUCUCUGCACAUAAUUUGAAAGAGGGGGGCACUGACUUCAACUUAGUUUUCAACAUUAGGUCAUUUGUACUGUUACAGGGACAUGUUAACUUUUUAAUAGCGCGUCCUUUGUGGACUAUUCAAAUAUUUACGUUUUAAGAAAACCAUUCCCUUCAUGGAAUUGUGAGGGCGUGUUAUGAGCUCCUGCCUGGCUUCCAGCACGUAGGGAAAAUGACACUUAACAGUAUUGAGGUUGGUGGAAGUUUGAAGUUUCAUUAAUAGUAGUAUUUAGGAAUUAAUGGGGUGGGGAGUUGAGCCUGAGCUGCAAGAAAUGGCCGUUUCCUAUCGUGUCUGGUUAACAGCUACUCUUGUGUACGGGCGGUGCGUUGGCAGAGCAGCCGAGUUCACGGAGGAGCUGUGGUUGCACGGCCGGGCAGCCGUUGUGCCCCCAGUAUCGCUUGCUUUGUUCUAAGCAACGGUUCGCUGUGGCAGUUUCAAUGUAUGCGGUCGUGUUAGUUUGAUGUUUGCAAUCCUGUGUGUUCAUGCUGGCAAACACUAAGUCUUGAGCAGAUGUUGAGGACAAAAGUCCGAACCUGACGUUUCUUCAUGCAGUUUAUUUAAUGUAUUAUACCAAAACCAACUUAAGUUCCGUUUUGCAAAAUGGGUUGGGAUUUUUUGGUGUAUUUAUGUGCAAUUUUUGUUGUAUCACAUGAAAAGAGUAUUUUAAAGAAAACAUGUAUAAAAUUCUAUUUUGUGCAUUAAAGCAAAGAGGCGAUUGUCUUUCCUCUGGGGCAUUUGUGUUGGAGGACGUGGGAGGAAUCCAUCUGAGUGUUUCGUGCUUGCUGGUGUUCAUAUACUGCCUCCAUUGUCUCAACAUCCUUCCUCAAACUGUGUUGGGCGCUGAGCAGCGUUUGAGGCUCAGCAAGGUUACACACUCGAGGUUGAGCGUCACGGGCACACGGGAGCCCAAUGGCGUUGUGGUGGUUGGGGCAAAACAGCCAGGAUUUGGAUCUUCCCCCUUGUCGAGGGGGAGGCUUUUGUAAAGGCUCCAGCCUCGGUAGCCUGCAUAAAAUAAAUCAGAGAUGACUUUUCAGAGCGCCGAAAGCACCUCUGUUCUUGGUAGCGACACGAUGGCAAAUGUUAUUUUUACCCUUUUAUGAUUAUAAAUGGUUCUCUGAAAAAACAGAGGACUCUUUUAGAAACAGAGGACUUUUAAGGUGAAUUUGGACAUCUAAAAAAUUCUUUUGUAUAGAUAUUGUGAUGUUUUACAAAGCAAUCUAAUUUUGUUACUUCUGAAAACUGUGUAAACGUGUAAUUAAUAGAGAAAAGGAUUUUAAAGCUUCAUCCCAUGCUGUAUGUCUGUAAAUACAUUCCAUAAUUUCUAAGUCUGUUACAUAUAAAUGUGUCUGUAUAUUGUAUACUUUAUUUUAAAUUGCCUGUAUUUUGCCAGUAGUGUGAACUUCUAGCACAUUGAUAACAUAAAAGGAAACCAUGGGUAAUUUGAAAUAAAGUUUUAAAACUUACAUGAA